GCACUGCUAUCCCGCACUGUAUUGUCAAAGUCCGUUAAUUUGUAUCAUGUGCGUUGAGCAAAUCAUUAUCCAACAUUGCAGGAUUCGCAAUUAAUCUUGACCAACCUGUGUUCCUCGCUCACUUGUCGGGAACACGUAUGAGAGGAAUACCUGGGCCGAGCAAGGUGGCGGCCGGUGGCAUCGCGGUGACGCAGCGGAGCAGUCUAUGCUAGGCAGGGUUGAGACGAGGUUUUCCGUCAUUGGUGUACCGAGAGCAGCUGGGCCAGGUGGAGCCAGCUAACAAUACUGUCUUGUGCAGCUCCAAACAUCAUGGCACAACUCCUGUGACAAAAAUCGUGGUGAAAGCUGCAGCUCACCCCUGACUGACACUGUGGUGCCGCCUGGAGGUGCUGGGGGCGAGGGCCUGGCAGCUGUAGUGCCUCGCAGGCCGUCGGGGAACAUGGAGGAAUCAUCUUCACUGGGGUUUAAACCCCAAAAACAAGUUGUUUACAACAAACUUUUGCCGUACAAAGAACAUCUUGACAGUGAAAUUCUUGAACAAAUUCGUGAAAUCAAAGAAAAUUUAUCCAAAGCCUUGAUCCUCGGGGACAUCAGGCCAGGCUGUGUGCACUGGGUGGCCAAACUGUCCAGAUUUGUAAAGCUUUAUGGAAUAUGCUUCUCCAAAGAGGACCAUAUGAAGUUGGUGAAGCUCAUGUACGAGCUUGCUGUCAGUCUCAACCAAGAGUUCUGGAUCAUGGCAAAGUUUGCACAGAUGCUGACAGUCCUUCUCAAGAAGAAAGAACUGCUCAGUCCAGAUGAGCUUGUGCUAGAGUGGCGUCCUCUGUAUGACUUGUACAAUAGUUUGUUCUACAACUCCUACAAUACCAUUGGGAUGCUGAUGCUUCCAUCGCACACCCGGAGGGACACCAGUCGUUUGUUUAGCCGUAGGAGGGGAUUUUCAUCCAAUGCCGAGGGAGCCGUGGAAAACAUGAUUCGAGUCUGCCGAUUCUACUUUCCACCUAACUCCACAAAGGAGAUUCUGGAGGAGGUGCGACCAUUGCUGUGCCCCUUUGACAUGAUCAUGCAGCGAGCCAUGGUCUACUUGGAGCUCUUCUUGCCCACUGCCCUCAUGCCCCACCAGGAAGAUAUUAGCUGGAGGCUUUGGAAGGAUGAAAUGUUAGUCAUCUGGAAUGCUUGCCAUAAUAGCAACCUGUGGUUUUGGGAGAACACCAUGUUCUGGCUGUUUGCACGGCUAGCCUGGCACAAUAUAGGAUUCAUUGAAUGGGAAGAACAUCUACCCAUGGUGUUUACUAAGGUUUUGCGUUCGUUCCGCCUUCCAGUGUCUUACAAGAAAACUCACGUUGGUAAAGGAGACGGUCUCUCGCAGUUUGCUUCAUCCAUGUUCAUUGUUGCAAAUCUGGGCGGAGACAGCAAGACUCAGGAGAAUCUUAAUCGACUCUUCAAGUCCCUGGAGUCGUAUUACCAUCCUUCCAAUUCAGGUCCAUGGAGUAGACACCUCCAUGACUUUCUCAACAAACUCUCUCUCCUCUUCAUUAGGAGACUACAUCGGGAGAGGCACAAAAAACCAUCUUGGGAAGUGGAGGUGCCAGAACACAAAAAAUUAACAGAGGAAGACAUCACAGCCUUUGUGCAGUGUAUCCAGAUGCCCACUAUGCUCACCAUGUACUCCCACACUGGCACCCACGAUGCCGGCAUUGUCUUCCACAGGCUGUCUCUUCUUCGACCAGAAAUUGUUGUGCCACCUCUUCUGGAGCAGCUUUAUUCAUCAUUAGAAACCACCACUGAGCCUCAUUGCUUGACUGCUUCCUUGGAAUGUGUAGUGUGUGUGGCACGGGCUCUUGUCCGUGGAGGGAAGCACUACCCUGAGGGCCAGACUCAUGUUAUUCCUCUGCUCAUCCAGACACUUCCUGGCAUUGACCCUAAUGAUAUAAAGAAGUGCAUGGUAACAUUCCAGUUCAUCUAUACUCUGGUGACUCUUGUGCCUUUUGUAGACUGUUCAUCAGCAACAGAAGAAUUCACAGAUCUGACAAAGUGGGAGCAAGAAGUGUGCCUGCAGACAGCAAAUUUUGAAGAUUUUGUUCUCCAAUUUAUGGAUCGCUGUUUUGCUCUAAUUGAAAAUUCUACCCUUGAACAAAUUACACAGCAAGACAGGGAAACAGAAAAGAUGAACAGGGAGGAAAACAUGCUGGAAAUGGGACUUUCUUCUACAUUUUCUGCCAUCAUUACUCAAGCACAUCCAAAGAUAUAUGAUGCUGCCUUACGAAGAUUGCAGACAUUUAUAAAGGGUAAGAUGAUUGAAAUUCAUGUUGCUGGGAAGUUUGCGGCCAACAUGUGUCGUUCUGCUGUCAAGGUCAACCCACCGGAGGCCUUGAAGGUGUUUGUUCCUGGAGUUUGUCGCCUCCUGCUCACCCUCACAGACAAUGAAGAAGUGCAGAAUGAAGAACACUUGGAUGAUGAGCUCCUCUUUAAUCUUCUGCUCUUGUCCGAGUUGGUAAGAUGCAGUGGAUGCCAUCUGCUGAAGUACAUACCACAGAUAACACAAGUGUUGACUCAAACACUGCAUCUGAAGAGCAGAGAGGGCUACCAUGUGGCAGGAUCUGUGCUGUGUUACCUGCUCAAGUAUUUAAGUAUCUCUAUGCCUUCUGAGUACCGAUCAUUGCCUCACAGUUGGGAUACGCCAUUCUCCACUUCUUUGCCCAUACGGCAUUGGGGAGAGGCUGGGGAUGUGCACAACCUGGGCUUGACAUGGAUAGAACCAACACAAGCUGAAGAGGAAGCUAUACAGGCCCUUGUGCGCACUUUCCUUACCCCUGAACUUGUACUGCUGCGCAAGAUUGCCACUGGAGAAAAGGAAGUUUCAAGAGAGGAGUUGCAGCAGUGUUUGAGCAUCACGCUUGAUAUCUUGCUUGGUGCUGGUGCUGUCUUGCCACAUUGGGAAGAAGAGCCCAUCCCAUUGGUUGAAAUGUCUGUGAAGAAAGACAAUUCCAAAUUCAUUGUCAGAAGUCACAAAUUGUCUGUAACUCUUGACUGUGAGAGUUUCCCAACAAAUGUGCGCAAAGCUGUUGCUGACGUCAUCCUGCAGCUAGUGGAUAGACUCCUCUCUCAGGGAUCAGAUGAUGCCAAGUCUCUGUGCAGGGCCAUCAAUAUAUAUCAUGGGCUGAUAUUCUUCUAUGGUGUUUCAAAAGAUGAUUUUGAUGCAAGAUGGAAAAGUUUUCAGUUCAUCAAAGAUGCAAUGGCCAACAAACUCACCAGAAACAAGCAGCACAUACGAUCACUGCUUAUUGAGAGGACUGUUCUUCACCAAGAACAUCGUGUCUUGGAGAACAGCGUUACUCAUUUGACACAAACGCACAGUGCUGUCAUGAACAGUCUUAUGUACCUUGCAACUAGUCAAUAUAGUGAAGUGAGAAGUAAGAGCCAGCACACCCUGAGUCAAAUUUUCCAGUCGUUUCCAUACUCAUACAAGUUGGUCUUGCCAAGCCUUAUCACUUCGCUAAAGGUCAAUCCUACAGAGCAACAUGAGAAGUUCAAAGGAAGUCUGUACCUCUUAUUGGGAAGACAAGGGAAACCUCUGAUGGUGCGUCGUGACUGGGAGUCUCUCAACAUGGUGUGGCCAGCAUUGAUUGCAUCCCAGCACUCUGAGAAGCCGUCUAUAAUCAGACUAAUGAAUGCUCUGUCUGACACUGUUUUUUACUACAUGGAACUUUUCACUAUAUACCAACAAGUCCCACAACGUGCUGUAAGUGUAGCAGAAGCACUCUUGCAGAGUGACAACCCAAAGGUGAAGGAUGGUGUGCUGAGUGCUGAAGUUUUAUCUUCUGCUGCCGAAAAUGUAAAAAACAAAGGCAGAACCAACCAUGAGCUCUACAACAAACUGGUGUCUAGUAUUGUGCAACAUCUUGAAUCUGGAACACUGCACUGGAGGAUACACAACAUAGCGCUCAACCUCCUUGGCUGUUUGGUUCGUCCAGAUGUAGUAUUUCCAGCAGCAGGUGUCAGGACCUUCACAGCCAAUUUGAUACAUGACAACAUACGCAUUAGGGAGACCUCAAUCUUCUAUAUGCCAUGGAUUUUGAAGAAUCAGAAGAGAAAACACAAGAAAAUUGAGAUUGAUCCAUACUCAGUGGAUAGUAACCAUGAGGUCCCAGCAAUUGUAUCUCCUGGAGAUCAUAGACCUGAUAAUCAAUGGAUGCAGUAUGAUAGCAGUAGAAAGGUUACCAGUGAAGAAGAGUGGGAACAGCCCAGAUUUGUUGAGAAAACAUACUUUGGGUGGUACUGUUGGCCAAAGACUAUGAUGGUAUAUGCCCCUCCAUCCCAGCAACCUCCACUUGACAGAAAGCGAGAAGAACUGACAGAAGAGGAACGGGCAGUGUAUGAUUUUUUCAUUUGCCAAGAGAAUGUGGACAAACUUGUGUCAUUCUUGUCCCUGGAAGAAAAUAAAGAGAGAGACAGCUUCAAUACUCGCCGUUUCUGGAUGAUAAAGGGACUCUUCAGAAACUUUGGGGAUGCUUUCCUCUCUCAGUUUGAGGUUCAUUUGGAGCGACUUGUUAAAGAAACUCAAAAAAGCAGCCAAAGAUGUGCUGCUGAAGUUAUUACAGGGAUGAUUAGAGGCAGUAAACACUGGACAUUUUCAAAGCAUGAAGCUUUAUGGGAAAAGUUGAAACCCAUUUUGAGAACUGGGAUGGCAAGAGUAACAGUGGAGACAGUGGAGGACUGGGGCACUUGUAUGGCCACAGCCAGUGCUGACCGAGACCCCAACAGAUUAGCACCUUUGAUGGAACUCUUGAUGGAUGACCCAUUAAGAGCCAGUGAAGGAGCAUUCAAUGGAUCAAGUCGAAUGUACAUGUUGAUGGGAGGGUUAGGCCAGCAAGAGUGGCGCGUGUCUGAGUUGAGUCAUCGGCUGCUGGAUUACCUGAGACCAUCACUGUCCCAUGCCUACAAGAGUAUCAGGGACAGGAUGGGCAGUGUGCUGACUGGGAUCUUCAUGUAUGAUUUGGCCCUCCCAGGAGGAGGAACAUCACGCUAUCCUAGCUGCUCAAAAUUCAUAGAAGAUAUUCUUCCUCAGCUGGCACUGCUUAUACAGGAACCCAGUACAGAUGCAGCAAGUGAUGCAGACUCGGAUACUGUCAAAUAUGGGCCAUCCGUAUCAUUUGCUCCUGAAGAUGCUUCUCUUUCUCAGUCAGAGAGCAAAAUGUUUAGUGAUAGUGUGAUUCCCUCUGUGAUGGAUUUAACAAGGGCAACACUCUCAGCAAGUGACAACAUAGUAAAGGUUUUAGGUAAUGUGCACUCAGAAAAUUCUCAAGUAUCAAUAAUAAAUCCAUUGAUAAACCAUGUCACUGGACUUGACACCUCAAGUUUUUUGGUUGGAAGAGACAGCAAAGAUUUAAGUAGGCUGGGAAAAAUCAAACUUAAAGACUGUGACUUAUCCUCAGAUGUUGUGUAUGAUUCUGUAAAUGUAAUGCCAUCAGAGGCUGCCAGUUAUGAGAAAAAUAAUUUCCAUGAAAAUCAUGUGAAGAAUCCAGUUAAUGGAUAUAUUGGAGCCAGUGAAGAAAGAAAAACAGCAGUGCGCUUGAUGAACACUGUGUGUCGGUGGCUGGUGGGUCACGUGGGACGCUGCUACAAUGGUGUUACAGCCGACAUAUACAGAUUCCUUCCUUACCUGUGCCAGCUGGAAAGUGUUGACAAUGACCCUGAGCUUCGGGGUAAUUGUAUAGCAACACUAGCUAUUCUGAGUCAAGCUGUGGUUCUUCCAUCCCGCAUUUCAUCUCUCAUAACCACCAUCACUCAGAUAGCGCAGAGCAGUUGGUGGCGUGCUCGAGCAGCUGUGUUGUCUCUGCUGCAAGUGGCAGUAUUCACCAACAUGUUUACUAUUCUGAAUGAUGAGAGAGCACCUCAGCAAGUGAAAGAACUCGUAGUGAAUCUCUUGUCUGAUUCAAGACUUGAGGUGCAGCAGAUGGCAUCAACUGUGCUUAGUGGACUUAUUCACUGCAAGUUUAUUCAAGCAGAGGAUGAACUUUUGAAUGAGUUUAUCUCCAAACUUCAAAAUAGUCAUCAUCAGAGUAGGAGAGGAAAGAAACAACUGCAGCCACAAAAAAUAACUGAACUACAUGCCAAUGUACUGGGACUUUGUGCUUAUGUCAGUGCCUUUCCUUAUGAUGUACCAGACAUGUUGCCCCAGGUGUUGGUCACUCUAAGUGAUCAUCUCAAUGACCCUCAUCCCAUACCAGCAACAAUCAAAAAGACCUUGAGCAACUUCUGGCGCACUCAUCAUGACAAUUGGCGUGACCAUAAGAAGAAGUUCACAGAGGAUCAGUUGGUAGUGCUCACUGAUCUUCUGCUCUCCCCUUCAUACUAUGCUUAAUUUCUUACUAUUUUAGAGUUAUAACCUAAAUGUAUUUAUGAACAGAAACAACUUGUAUUAUGAGCAAAAACUGCAACUUGUGCUGUUGUAUGAUACUGUUCCAAUCUUUCCAAAUAUUUUAAGUCUUUCUGUAAUGGGAAGUUUAGUUUUGGUUAUUCUAGCACUUUGUGUUUUAGGAAAUGAAAGCUUGUGAAAUGUAGAAGAGUGACUGGUCUAUUUGAAAAUAUUUACACUUGGAAUUUUCAUUCCUUCUCCAUUGAAAAUGUUAGUUAUUUUAUUUUUAAGAUGGUUAUUUAUAAACAUUGUAAACUUCUUUUUAAUUUUACUAUUCUUGAUGCAUGAUUUCAUGAAUUGCAAAGAAUAUAUUGGUGAAACAUUAUAAUUACUAAUUGUCAUUUUAAAA